AUGGUUAUAUUCCUCAAAAUAUCCUGUGCUGCUCCAGUUGCAAUCGAUCUCUGCCACACAGUAAACACAUUCGGAACCACACAUCGUCAAGCAAGUCGCAUCCAGAAACACACAUCGUCAAGCAAGUCACAGCCGGAGACACAUAUCGUCAAGCAAGUCGCAGCCGGAACCAUACAUCAUCACGCAAGUCACAGCCGGAAUCACACGUCAUCAAGCAAGUCUCAGCCGGAACCACACGUCAUCAAGCAAGUCUCAGCCGGAACCACACGUCAUCACGCAAGUCACAGCCGGAACCACAUGUCAUCAAGCAAGUCUCAGCCGGAACCAUACAUCGUCCAGCAAGUCUCAGCCGGAACCACACAUCGUCAAGCAAGUCUCAGCCCGAACCACACAACGUCAAGCAAGUCACAGCCGGAACCACACGUCAUCAAGCAAGUCACAGCCGGAACCACACGUCAUCAAGCAAGUCACAGCCGGAACCACACGUCAUCAAGCAAGUCUCAGCUGGAACCACACGUCAUCAAGAACAGAACAGAACAUAUUCUUUAUUUACUUGUACAACAUCCGGAACCACACGUCAUCAAGCAAGUCAGAGCCGGAACCACACGUCGUCAAGCAAGUCACAGCCGGAACCACACAUCGUCAAGCAAGUCACAGCCGAAACCACACGUCAUCAAGCAAGUCACAGCCGGAACCACACGUCCUCAAGCAAGUCACAGCCGGAACCACACGUCAUCAAGCAAGUCACAGCCGGAACCAUACGUCAUCAAGCAAGUCACAACCGGAACCACACAUCGUCAAACAAGUCACAGCCGGAACCAUACGUCAUCAAGCAAGUCACAGCCGGAACCACACGUUAUCAAACAAGUCGCAGUCGAACCAUACAUCGCCAAGCAAGUCACCGAAAAAUAA